CGACGUAGUCUUUUGUAAAGAGCUGUCAAGCGCGCGGGUCGUUGUAGUCGUCGCGAGGCAUCUCCCACUCCCAUUUCUUUCUCUCUCUGUCCUCCACGCCCACUGGCUCGCGACUCUCAGCAAGGUUGAAACACGCUCGGAAGGAUUAUUUCAUUUACGUUUUCCGAUCGCCCGCACUAUACCUCUACGACUCUUCGUGCGCCAGUUAAAGCCGGGGAAGCGUACUAACAAAACCCCUAGCAAAUCUUUUCUACUCCUUCACUUUCAGCGCCUGUGUCGAUUAACUGCAGACAUGUCUGGCGAAGACGCACCCACCCAGCAGCAAAACGCCGACGAACAAAAACAGCAAGUGGAGAAGAAGCCCGCCGAGUCGCCUAAAACCGAGAACAAGCCGGAUCCGCCGCCUGCCAGCGCGUCCACCGAGGCUGCAGCCACAGCGGCACCCACGGAGAAAGCCCCCGAGGAGGACUCGUUCAGUUACCGGGCUCUCGUACUGACCGGCUACGGCGGCUACGAUAAGGUGAAGCUGCAGGUGAAGAAAGGGAAGCCCGCGCUAAAGAACGGUGAGGUGAUGGUACGCGUGAAGGUCUGCGGACUAAACUUCGCCGACCUGAUGGCCAGACAGGGGCUGUACGACCGGCUCCCGUCUCCGCCCGCAACACCGGGAAUGGAGUGCUCCGGAAUCAUCGAGGCUGUUGCGGAAGAUGUGACAAACAGAAAAGUGGGUGAUAAGGUACUGGUCCUGAACCCCAGUGGGCUGUGGAAGGAAGUGGCAGCGGUUGCAGCCACACACACCUUCCUCAUGCCAGAGCGGAUGAGCUUCGAGGAAGCGGCUGCCAUCCCAGUAAACUACAUCACUGCCUACUUGAUGCUGUUUGACUUCGGCAACCUGCGCCCCAACCAGAGCGUCCUUAUUCACAUGGCUGCAGGUGGGGUGGGCACAGCUGCCACCCAGCUGUGUAAGACAGUGAAUGAUGUCACUGUGUUUGGCACUGCCUCUGCCAGCAAGCAUGACACCAUCCGUGAGGGCGGAGUCACGCACCCCAUCGACUACCGCACACGGGAUUAUGUGGAGGAGGUCCGCAAGAUCAGUCCCAAAGGGUUGGACAUUGUUCUGGAUCCUCUGGGUGGUUCUGACACCCACAAGGGCUACAACCUGUUGAAGCCCAUGGGCAAACUCAUCAGCUACGGUGCCGCCAACAUGCUGUCGGGUCAGAAGAAGAACCUGUUUGCCGUGGCCAAGACCUGGUACCAGCAGUUCUCCGUGCACACCCUGAGCCUGAUCCAGGGCAACCGAUCUGUCUGCGGCUUCCAUCUGGGUUACCUGGAUGCGGAGACGGAGCUCAUUGACCAGGCCAUGGAAGCCGUGCUGGAGCUGUACCGCCAGGGCAAGAUCAAGCCCCGAAUCGACAGCACCUACCACCUGGAGCAGGUUGGGGAAGCCAUGCGUAAGAUGCAGGAGAGGAACAAUAUUGGCAAAAUCAUCCUCACCACCGAGCCCAUGAAAGAGGAGGCAAAGAAGGAUGAAGCCAAGAAAGAGGAGAAGGACAAGAAGAAAGAGGACAAGAAGAAGGAAGAGAAGAAGAAGGACGAGACCAAGAAGGAGGAGAAGAAAGAAGAGAAGAAGAAGGACGAGAUCAAGAAGGAGGAGAAGAAGGAGGAGAAGAAGGAGGAAAAAAAGGAUGAGAAGAAAGCAGAUGAAAAGAAAGAAGAGACAAAGAAGGAAGAGAACUGAGAAAAGAGAACUAGGCAGAAAAUUGGUGGCUGUGAAUUGUGUUUGUGUAGGGAAUAGGAGAUGGGGUGAGUGUGCGUGUGCGUGUGCGUGCGUGUGCUUGAGUGUGUGUGUGUGUGUGUGUGUGUGUGUUGGGGUGGUGGGGAGUACAACGUAGUCCAGCUCUCAGCUCAGCCCUGGGCAAUUACUCUGGCCUUAGAUCAGCAUCUCACAAUGAACUCCACAAUCAUUUAAUCAGCCUAGUAGUAACUCAUAGUACCUUCAGCACUCCAAAGCUACUUAACACUCAGUAAGCAGACACACACACAUGCACACUUUACAUUACACGUGUGUACCACUCUACCAUGCCACUAUGUUAGACUGUGUUCUUUUUUUUGCUAGUUUUCUUGUUGAACUAGGCUCUGUGCUGUUAUUAAUCUGUGACUGCAUGCCCCUCAGGUGUGCUAUAUCAGUAUUAUACUGCCACAUAUACCACUGAAAUGUUUUACUCAAUUGGUUUUCUCUCCAAGAUGUGUACACAUCAAUACCAUGAAUCACUACUAAUAUCGCUAGCAUUAUUUUUGCACUAGAACUAUUAUACUAUACCACUGAAUUAAUCUUUAGCUAUAUAGACACAUGUAGAAUUGUUUUCCUAGUCAUACCCUAUGCCAUUUUAAGUAUGAGUAUUCAGAGUUGGGUACCUGCUAAGGAUUAUGGGUAAAGGCUUGGGUUGGGCAGGAGCUCUGUUGCUGCGACUACAGUGUCCCCAGAUCUGCCCCUCCCUCUUACCUAGCAUGUUCCUUUCUAAUCUGUACCCACCUUCCCUCUAAUGAUGGAUUCUCUUUUCCCCGUUGGACCGCACUCACUGACAGGCAGAUCACUUGCUGAGCCCCACCCACAGAGCUUAUUACGGCAAUAAGGAGGAGUCCCUGUGGUUCCUGACUGGUUCAGUGAGAUGUCAGUUACCUAGAUCGAGAUAUAUCAAUGGGAGCCUAUUCAUUCUUUUUAUGUUAUCGCAGUGCUAUUACAAAACCUUAAAAAUCUUUCCAAUUGACAGCAGGCUAGAAGAGCUAGCACCAUGUCCAUAUGUAACAAAAAUGGGUCAAAAGUGCUUUCUGUAAGUAAUGACUGUGCUAUUACUGCAGCACAGUGCAGCGGCUGUCCACAUCCUGGCGAAAUCUGCUCCUCUGGCCUGCCUUAAGGAACAUAACAUUCUUCUGUGUCAUUUAACAGAGCACCAGCCAGGAUCUUAUUAAAUCCGGCUUCCAUGAUGCACCAAUUCUAGCAAGACAUCCCCACCAAAUGCACGUACGCAUGCAUGCACACAUCUCAUUCUCAGGUUAUUCUGUUAAACCGAGGCACUCAGAUUGGUUGAUGUUGAGAUACACCUGUAAGUGCUGUCUCAUUCCAGGGACUUUGGCAGGAUUCCGCAUUAUCCCAAACCUGCCGCUCUUAUCCUCUUCACUGCUAACCGGCCACUCUCACUGGCCUGCCGUGUCCCGGCCCUCUUUCCAGUGGAGCUGUGCUCCAUCUCUGGCUUUAUUCAUCUUCUUCUCCCUCUCUCUAUCUCUUCUCCCUCUGUUUUGCCGUCACUGGUUGGCAUAGCAACAGGCGUUUGGCCAGAAGGAGAUGGCAGUCAAGUUGCCCCUCCCCCAUCACAUGCAAAAACACGCAUAUGCACACACGCCAUGCCUUCCUUUUCAGUCUUUCUCUCUCAUUCAGCACUUGCUCCGUGAAGUGUUCAGUCCACUUUCUCUAGCUGCCCAGAUGAAAUGCAUUAUUUUCAUUACUGUGAAGUGUUUUUUCCUUCAGACUGCUCUGUCAGACUUUAGUGUUACAAGAGCGUAAACCCGCCCCCUCACUGGUCUGUGACUUGUCAGUCCAACCCAGUGACUCCUCCCUUAGCCCAUUCAUUCAUGUGAAGUACUUGUCUGCCCCUAGUGGCCAUAAAUAUGCACUGUGGGGAAUUAUAACAUUUUGAGAUGUUUUCCAGCCCUGCCCUGUCUAUUCCUCAGUGAGUGUGGUUUCUGUCUGAGGUGUAUGAGCUGUCCAGCAUGGUCUUAUUUGCUGUUUGUGAAAGUCAGACCUUUUGAGGGGUGUGUGUUUGUCUGUGUGUCUGUGCGUACGUGUGUGCGUACCGUUUUGUUUGAAGGAAUGUGUAUAUCUGUGUGUCCUCAGGUCGAUUGUCAGAUUUAGAUUUAGGUUUUUCCCGUCUCUACCUCCCUUAUGCUAUGAGCUAGCAUGUCUCAUUCCCUUUCUUUUUUACUAAGUUAUCUCUAACUUUUAUUUCCCUACAUCUCUCUCUCUCUGUUGAGUGACCUUUGUUGGUUUGGUAUUAUUUGCACUCUGCUUGUGAGUCUUAAUGCACUUAUAUGGAUGGCAGUCCCAUUCCCGUAAGACUGUUCCUCAGGAGUCUUCUCCGGGUUUUAUUUACUACCGUUGGCAUAUACGUGCACUCUCUAGUUUGCUGUCUCUCCCUCUCAGAAAAAUACAUACAUGUGCAAGAUUUUUUAUUUCUUACAUAGAGGCACUACAGAGCUUGGCCUGAUGUUCCUAGGCACAUCUACAUGCAUGCGUUCCCAAACACAUGCAGUGCUUUCAUCUCCUCCACAGUCUCUCCAUCUCCUAUGUACACACAGAAAUCGCAACCAUAUACCAGCUGUCCUAUUAAGUAGGAGAAAGCUCGCUUCCUCUCCUGAGAGAAGGAGCUAACCCAGAAUGCAUCGGGAAGGGUGUGGCACUGCCAUCCUCAUCUGAAGAACGACAGUAUUGUGACACAGCACCUGGAACGGGAUUCUCACCGGGUUCAGCUUUGGAUCAGGAUUUGAGUUCCAGUUUUCACUGUGUUUUUUUUUGUUUUUGUUUUUGUUUUGUUUUGUUUUUUCCCUGUGCGAGUCUAUAUUUGUUUAUUUGUUUGUGUUUGUGUUUUCUGGUUCAAUCCCUGUGUGCUUCGGUUCCUAAGCAGUGUGCGGCCCAGACGAGAGCUACAGCAAAGGCUGUCUCUUGCAUUUCCUAAUACACAUUAAUUCUGUUAUUGUAGUUGUUGUUGCUGUUACUGUGUACGCCUGCUUAUCGGUUUGAGUGUUUUCAAGGGUUUGAGUUGGUAAGGCUUUGCCGCACGUCUGUUCAAAUGUGAGGAGCUGUGACGUUUUGUUGAUCCUGAUUAAAUGUGCCAAAUGGUGUUUGAGGCUUCGGCCUUUACUUCAGCUAUGCUUUUUUUCACUGAAAGACAAAAAAAAGGAAAGAUGAAAUAACAGGACCUUUCUGAUUUGCUUUUAAGAUAAACAGCAAAACAAACAAACAAACAAACAAAAAAAAAAAACAUUGUACCUGUCGUGUGUGGUUGGCCGUAACCCUGAGAUUUAUUGGUGCUUAAAAACUGUUUCCGGCUUUUUCGCUAACGUUCUGAUCCAUGCAAUCCCUGUCUAGUUUUCAAUGUGCUAAUCGUUAACGAACACCGGAAUACCUCCACACACACACACACACACACACACACACACACACACACACACACACUCUUUGGCCCAACAGCCCUGUCCUGAAGGGCUGAUGAGAUCUGACACCAGAUCAGUUAAAACUGUUUACAAUGUCACUGCAGAGUGCACUUAUGAUUACUAGACAAGAUCAGACAACACAGCUCCUAUCUGAGCAAUUACAUGUGAUCAGAUAUAAACUGACUUUAAAAAGGAUUUAAAAAAAUGAAGGGUUAACCUGUGUGUUAUGCAAGUUGCAGUCUCCCAAAGAGAAACGGAGAAGGAACAACAGUCUUUGCUGAGCUCACUGGUUUGAAAAAUAGGCUGAGUUGUAUAACAGUGUCUUGGUCGGCAUAAAUAGCUUUGCUGUUGACUGCACUGUUCGGUCUGACUGUUCUCAUUAUAGAACCCAGGU